AUGAAGCCUCCUCCUACGGGCCUGCGUCUCUGGGAAGCAUUCGCUAGACAUCCGAAGGGUUCGACUUGUUUCGUCGAUGAGGCGACGACAGAGAAACUCCAAAAAGCGAUAGAAGUAGAACGCGCCACACAAAGAGCCGAGCAACAUGAAUUAGAUACGCCAAACAUAGCAAAAUCCAAAAUCUCCAUUGACGACAUAGC